UAUGUUUGACCACCAACGGGCUAGGCUUGUCCAAAGACAGAAGAUAGCCCGAGCAGGGCUGUGUUGUUUCUAUAGCGACUGUUCGUCGGUUGCUGUGACAGCACUGGGCUGGUUUGGUGCUUUGCUCAGGUGAUGAAGCGGAGCUGUGUUUUGCGAUGGCUCUGGUACAAUAGCCAGGUCGUGCUGAUGAAGUGGUUUUUGCUGUUUUGUACAGCUGUCCCGAUGCACGCUUUGUACUGACUGGACUGUGCACAGCUGACUGCCCCACUGUCCUGGCAAACAAAGCCUCUCUGGUCAGUACAGACAGUAGUCGAUGUGCUUAGCUGUCGCAGGUUCUGACCGUUUCCCCUUUGCAGAAACUAAUUCAUGAAUUAAGCGUAAGGUGUAUCGUACCCGAGGUCUGUUCCCAGAAGUUUGACUCUCCUGCCAAAUCGGGAGGACCUGCUGAACUAUCCGGAUCUCUGAUGCCAGGGAGAUGGAGAGGGAGAAACCGGCUACAACACCCAGUUUAGAGUGACGCGCAGCAUGUUUGUGCAUAGAGACGGCUUUAUGAAGCGUACAGGAGAGACAGAGGAAUUGCCACGAUGGCCUCCAAUGAUAACUUCACUGCUGAAAACCCUGGGAACCCCCAGCCCGGGGACCUGAUUGAGAUCUUCCGGCCGGCCUAUCAGCACUGGGCACUGUACCUGGGGGACAGCUAUGUCAUCAACAUCACGCCUGUGGACGAAGGCCAGGCUGCUCCUUUCUCCAGCGCCAAGUCUGUGUUCAGUAGGAAGGCCCUGGUGCGCAUGCAGCUCCUGAAGGAAGUGGUCGGCAGCGACUCGUAUCAAAUCAACAACAAGUACGACGACAAGUACACGCCUCUGCCUAUCUGUGACAUCAUUGCCUGGGCAGAGUUCCUCAUUGGACAGGAGGUGUCGUAUGACCUGCUCGGCAACAACUGCGAGCACUUCGUCACCCUGCUGCGCUACGGGGAGGGCGUGUCUGACCAGGCAUCACGGGCAAUCGGGGCAAUCAGCUUUGCUUCGGCGGCUGCCAGUGCUGUCUCCCUGCUGGGGCUGCUCCACACCCGAUCCAGACAGAGGCACUUCUGAGAGGAACAGACCCCACUGGAGUGAGGGUACAGUGGUCAGAGCUCAGGACUGGGAACCAGCUCAACGACACAGUCCUGGAAUCCACGGGAAGCCAUUACUGCGUUUACAUGCGCAAGGAAUCAACCCUUUUGCAAUUGAUCCUUUUCGGAUCCAAAAACAAAUGUUCAGAGUUUACUUGCUAAACUCAGUCAUGUUUAAAUUAAUAGGUCCUUCUGAACCUCUUCCAGCUACCCAAUUUCAGCUCAAAACUGCAGGAUAUAUAGAUAGAAAAUAUCUGAUUAGAUUCCCGUGCAUUUAAACAAGGCAAAUGUGCAGUGUCCCUCCUAGCCUGCAGUGAAGUAUGCACAUGGCUGUUGUAAAGUGAGAAUGCAGGCAGUUUUAAACCAGUUUCUUAAUUUACUGACCCUAGUGUCUGUACAAUACACACCUGUGAGUGAGAGUGUGUGUGUGUGUGUGCUAAUGGAGUGUAUGAUUUAAUUAAAGCUGUCACGCCAGUGCACACGUUUGUUAAGUGUUUUGUUAAGAAACGAACCAGGGCAAACUUUGCAAAAACUUAGUAAAUGUGCCUGUGUUUUUGGUGGCGCACCGUGGCCUGCGCGACCACAGUGUGCUCCAGUCUUAAGGGGCGUGGACUAGAGAGACCUGUUUAUUCAGAAUGAGGCCAGGUUCACCAUAUGACAGUCACACAGUAUAAGUUACUGCUGGAAAGGCAUUCUGUGUUUUUAACUUGAUGCUGAUGCACUGAAGGACUUCAAGUGGGUCAGGCCUCAGAGGGUUAAUAAUGUAUUUAUCAGGUUUGUUCAGGUUUGUAUUUUCUAUUAUGUGAUAAGACCUCCUAUUUCCUGAAAUAAACACUCACGGAUUGCUUUCCAUCCCAGAUCUUGACUGUUAUAUUAACAUAUGAACUCAACUGUUCUGAAUACUGAUGCAACCAAACCUCUGAUUUUAAAUUUGCAGUGGUUUUUAUUACAUUUUUUAAUCAAAAAGGCUUAUUGGAACAUUGUGAUUGUCAGAUAUUGCUGUGAAUUGUAAAAGGUAUAACACAUACCAAGGGCGUCUGACUUUUGGGUGAAUUUUUUUUCCAAAUUUAGGCGAAUGAAUUAUAGGUAGAAUUAUUUAAUGAAAAAAUCAGAUGACAUUUUUUU